AUGUUUUUCUUAAGUAAUAGCCGAUUACUAAUAGGUAGGGAGAGAAGGAGGGGGAGAGAAAGGAGGGCACAGCUAAUGUCCAAUGGGAUACUUAUGAUAACACGCAAACUCCAAUCCGGACCCAUAAAUGGGAUCGUUCACCGCUCUCCCCAUACUUUAGUUAUGGAUAAGAAAUACCACUGUUUUUGGCCUAAAUGUGAUUAUAAGACUAAAUUUAAACCACAUUUAAGAUCUCAUCAAUUGAUUCAUUCAAACAACAGACCAUUUAAAUGUAAUUUUAAUAAUUGUGAUAAAAGUUUUAAAAGUGAAGUAGAAUUGUCUAUACACAACAACCAUGUUCAUUUAAAUAUAACAUUUAUGUGCGAUUUCAGUGAAUGUGAUAAAGUGUUUAAAUCUAAACAAAUGUUAAUUAGACAUAAAUUCACUGUUCAUUCAUAUAUAGAUAAAAAUCAUAAGUAUUUUCAGUGUUUUUGGCCUAAAUGUCAAUUCAAGGCAAUAACCAAAUCGAUGCUAAAAACACACGAAUUAAAUCAUUCAAAAAUAAAACAAUUUAAAUGUGAUUUCAAUGAUUGUAAUAAACAAUACAAACAAAAGUCAAAAUUAGAUCGACAUAAAAAUAUCACUCAUUUAUAUAAAAAAGUUGUUUGCGAUCUCAAUGAUUGUUACAAAACAUUCACAACUAAAAGUUCUUUGUCUGAACACAUAAAUAGUGUUCAUUUAAAUGAACGAAAAUUCAAAUGCGAUGAACAAAAUUGUGGCAAAAUAUUUAAGUCAAAGUCUAAUCUCUUACAACACAAACGCUUGCAUUCGGGAGAGAAGCCAUUUGAAUGCGAUUUCAAUGGUUGUAAUAAAAGUUUUGCUAAGAAAACUCAACUUAAAGAUCAUAUGAAUAGACAUUUGAAAAUAAAAAAGUUUAAAUGUCAUUUUGGUGAUUGUCAUAAAGAAUAUGCUGCGAAAGUGGAUUUAAAAAAGCAUAUAAUGAGCGUUCAUUUAAAAAUGAACAAGACAAAUUAA